AUGAGGUCACUGUUUCAACUGACAUGCCUCCUCAUCGUCGCGGCCGUGGCCACCUCGGUGAAAAUGCCAAAACUCAACAGCGAAGCAAGGGAAUUCUACGAACAAGCCAAAGAGAAUAUCAGACUCAGCUUUCCACCCGACCAGCAGCUUCAAUCCGUUGCGGGUCACGACUACUAUUCGCAUCUGUUCUCCGAUCAGCGUCACACUCCGAGCCAAGCGGAGAUGUUCGCAAACCGAUAUCCUCACGGUCCGACCGAUGUGAUGUACGGUAAUCGAGGCCGCUACGCUUAUGUGACAACGAGAAUUCCAUGGAACAGCCAGCUUGGUCAGACAUGGGGUUUGCAUACAACGGUAAUGGAUGAUUCGGGUAACCGGAUGGUCAAGGAUCUGUACGCUUUCUGGCGCGUGAACAGGGCUGAUCGCAGCAAGAAGCUGUUGCGCCUAGACGCAUGGCCGACGGGAGGAACGAUGCGGCAAUUGGCCAGCUGGCAGAUUGUUUGA